UGAUCCCACACAGAUCCCUCCUCCUUCAAGACCCUCUCUAGGAGAUGCAGGUUUCCUCGCCCAAGUGAGCCUGCAUCCGGCAGGUGACACUGCAGUGCAUUGGAGUUCUCCUUGCCUUAGUCAGAAUCCGUCAAGGGAGGGGUCAGGAGGGUCUCUAAGGCGGGGCGACUAGGGAAGGCAAGGCCGCCUCGGAUCCCAAGGAACAGCGACACCCUUUGCUGUAUAAAUUGGAGCUGUCUCCGCUAGGAUUACAGCUGCAAGCAGCCUGAAUCCCAGGCAGCAGGGAGUCACAGAGACCAGACAAGACACACACAGCCUCUCCAGCGCCAGUGCUGUGGAUGGGGAGCGGCCAGGAGGCGUGAAAGAAGCCCGGAGCUGAGCACCGUGCACGGGUACAUUUUGAAUAGCGUCAGAGACCAACUCGCCCCCUCAAAAAAGGAGAGACAUGAUCCUUAAUUCCUCCACUGAAGAUGGAAUUAAAAGAAUCCAAGAUGACUGCCCCAAGGCUGGCAGGCACAGUUACAUCUUUGUCAUGAUCCCUACUAUCUAUAGCAUCAUCUUUGUGGUGGGAAUAUUUGGAAACAGCUUGGUGGUGAUCGUCAUUUACUUUUACAUGAAGCUAAAGACUGUGGCCAGUGUCUUCCUUCUGAAUCUGGCCCUGGCUGAUUUGUGCUUUUUGCUGACUUUGCCUCUGUGGGCUGUCUAUACCGCUAUGGAGUACCGGUGGCCCUUCGGCAAUCACCUGUGUAAGAUCGCUUCGGCCAGCGUCAGUUUCAACCUCUACGCCAGUGUGUUCCUGCUCACGUGUCUCAGCAUCGAUCGCUACCUGGCCAUCGUCCACCCGAUGAAGUCUCGCCUCCGCCGCACGAUGCUGGUGGCCAAAGUCACCUGCAUCAUCAUCUGGCUGAUGGCGGGCUUGGCCAGUUUGCCAGCCGUCAUCCACCGAAAUGUGUAUUUCAUCGAGAACACCAAUAUCACAGUUUGCGCUUUUCGUUAUGAAUCUCAGAACUCCACACUCCCCAUUGGACUGGGUCUAACGAAGAACAUUCUGGGCUUCGUGUUUCCUUUCCUUAUUAUUCUCACCAGCUACACUCUGAUUUGGAAAGCCCUAAAGAAGGCUUACAAAAUUCAGAAGAACAAGCCAAGAAAUGACGACAUCUUUAGGAUAAUUAUGGCGAUUGUGCUUUUCUUCUUCUUUUCCUGGGUUCCCCACCAAAUCUUCACUUUUCUGGAUGUGCUCAUUCAGCUGGGCGUCAUCCGUGACUGUGAAAUUACUGACAUCGUGGACACGGCUAUGCCCAUCACCAUCUGCAUAGCUUAUUUUAACAAUUGCUUGAACCCUCUGUUUUAUGGCUUUCUGGGGAAAAAAUUUAAAAGAUAUUUCCUCCAGCUUCUGAAAUAUAUUCCUCCAAAGGCCAAGUCACAUUCAGGCUUGUCAACAAAAAUCAGUACUCUUUCCUACCGCCCUUCAGAGAACAUGAGCUCGCCUGCCAAGAAGUCUGCGUCUUGUUUUGAAGUGGAGUGAGAGGGCUCAAAGCCUGCUAGCGAAGUGAUUCCCUGGCAGUAGAAGCCAGAACAGCUUUUGGCUAGACAGCUCGCCCACUACCAAGACAGCUCACUCACUGUCGAAGGAACGGUCAACCUCCAGCCCGAGCGCUUGAAGCAGAGAAAGGACUCAGUGGACUGUUCACAUUUUUUUAUGGUUUUUUCGAGACAAGGUUUCUCUGUGUAGCCCUGGCUGCCCUGGAACUCACUCUGUAGACCAGGCUGGCCUCGAACUCAGAAAUCUGCCUGCCUCUGCCUCCCAAGUGCUGGGAUUAAAGGCGUGUGCCACCACCACCCGGCUGCCCAUGUUUUCUAACAUGCUAAACAAAAGCUAUUUUCCUCUUUAGAACAAAUCAGAUCAAAGCUACUGUUCAUCACCUUUUUUGUUGACUGAAUAAUAACUGCUUUAAGGAUGAUGUCAGAAACUGAGUGACUCUAUUGAUUUGGGGGAGAAAAUGUACCAGCAGAAAUACAAUGUCUCCAGUCCCCUCUCAAUUCUGUUACUUUUGAUUUCCACAUGAAUAUAUUUAGAAGGUAUUAAAUCUGUCCACCAGCAAAAAGGAGAUGGGAGGUCAAGAGUUUCUAAGGGACAAGGAGGCUACAUAUGUGUUUAGCUACUAGUGGCUAGGACACCAUUGUCCCUAACAUUACACAUUUUGUGCUAAGAUUUGCUAGACAGUAGUCAUCAACUUUGAAAACAUUUUGUGAAGUUCAGCCACUGUCUUGAGAAUUCAAAACAAUCUACCAAAAACAAUGCCCACAGGAUAGCUUACCUGUAGAAUGUAUUACUGCAGUCACAAAGCCAAACUUCUCAGAAAGCUGUGAUUCUGUCCCAGGUAAUUGUGUGUUCCCUGUUGAACCAGUUUUAUUUCAUACCUAAGAAAUGUAGUCUUUGUUAGGCAGAUUUAUCAUAAAGUAUGGUUUAUGGUUCUAAAACUGUAUAUAUUAUAUAUGUUUAUGUAUAGCUGCAUUUCUAAGCUCUUGUUUAAUUAAAGUCUAGCAAAGAUAUAUUUAUCUUGAAAUAAAAAUUUAUGAUAAUGUA